AUGCUCUAUUAUUAUCGUAAAAGUAAAACUGCGAAACGAACCGCUGAAAAGAUACGCGCUGCAUAUGGAGAGAAUGCCGUCGAUGAACAAUUGUGCCAGUAUUGGUUUGAGAAGUUUGAAGCAGGAAUUUUUGAUCUCAGAGACAAUCUUCCUCAGGUUCUGCCAAUUGACGAGGUCGCGACUUCGAUUAAAGAGAACCGGCAAGUCAGCAUUGCGGAGAUCGCAUUGCAAAUCAACGAUGGUGUACUAACCGUAGCCGAAUGCAUAGCGAAGCUGGACUUGAUAAAGAAGCUGGAUAUUUGGGUACCGCAGCAGUUAACUGAGAAAAAUCGAAUAGACCGUAUUUCCAUCUGUGACUCACUAUUGAAGAGGAAUGAAGAAAACCCAUUUUUGACAAGACUGGUGGUGGGCGACGAGAAGUGGAUCAUCUACAAGAAACUAGUGGUAACGAGGGCGGACGAGCUACAAACCGUUUCGAUAAACUACGAACAACGGAAGAUCAGGUUCUGGAUCUGGUGGGAUUGGGAAGGAGCCCUGCAUUAUGAGUUCCUACCGAAUAAUCUGCUAAUUACUUCGGACGUAUACUGUUCUCAUUUGGACCAUUUAAACAGAGCGAUCGACGUGAAGCGACCGGAAUUUGCCAAUAGCAGCGAUAUUAAGUUCCUGCACAACGAUGCUAAACCAUACGUUUCUUUGCAAACCCGGCGAAAGCUAUUGGAAUUUGGCUGGGAUGUCUUGCCCCAUCCACCACAUUCACCUGACCUCUUGCCAUCUGAUUUCCAUUUGUUCCAAGCAUCUCAAAAGGAAUGUAACCGAAUUCCUCAACAAUAA